AUGGAAAGCACCCAUUAUAAGCGCGCCAAACUAGGGGCCGCACCCGUAAUAUAUGCUACAUCAUACGAUAAUUUUGAUUCUAAAUUCUGUGAUUCAGUUUUAAUUAAAAUUAUUAUUGUGAUCGGCGCUACUCGGAAAGUUUUCCAGCUAUCACAAUUAUUGACGGCGUUAUACAUUAUCGUGCACGCACCUUGCAGGCAGAUCGUCUCGCAGGAUCACAAGGAGCGCAAGGCACAGAAGAGAUUGCUCAAGGCAGGUUUGAGCUCAACGAAAUACAUCUACACCACCGAUGUGGACGGCACGGUCCAGAUAGAUGGUGAAUUCGUCAUGAAUCCUAAAAUAAUAUUGUCGAACAUAGAAGACGAUAUCAUUAUUGGCCAGCCGUUGAUAGUGACGAGUGAUGAGUCAGAUGACAAUACGACGAAUCAAUCGGAGAUUGAUGGCAAAACCCUGUCGGACGCUGUUGCAGAGUUCAUCAUAAUGGAUCUCCAAUUACCAGAGAUUGUAGAGAAUCGUGGAUUUCAGAGGCUUAUAGCUACCUUGCGCUCACCCUGUGAAAUCCCCAGCAAGACCAAAUUAGAGCAGGAGAUAAUACCAAGGAUAUACGAGACCUUCCGCGUGUCUGUGGCAACGUCGUUGUCCUGCAUCAUGUCCGAACUGGCACUGACGUUUGAAGAAUGGAAAUCAAACUACACUGAAAGUUAUGUUACCAUAUCGGUUUAUUAUGUGAAUGUCGCGGAAGCUGCAUUGGAACGUAAGAUUUUGAGAACUAUUUAUACACCAUCGGAUUGGAAGGAGAAACAUUGGAGAAAUAUGAUAGAUAUUCUGUUACGCGAGUGGGAUCUGAACAUCGAGAAGGUAACAGCAGUAGUGGUCAGUAGUUCAAGCACGGAAUUAAUCAAGGCGUUGAUUAAUCGCAGUUUGACUGUUGUGCCCUGCUUGCUCCAUACUCUACAAAUAUGUGGGCAAGCUUGCUUCGAUAAUCCAGAUGUGGCCCAGAUAUUGACCAAAUGUAGAUCUGUGAUUAAAACUAUUAUAAGUCAUCAAGGAAUAUAUGCAGCACUGCAGGAACAAUCGUCAGCGUUGAAAGAAAAUGCUAUGUUGCUGGAUUAUCCUGGCAUAUGGAUCUCUACGUACAACAUGCUGAAACAAAUGGUGCUACAUCGCAGGAUUAUCACAACUAUAGUAGAAAACAUAGAAGGAAUAGAUCAAGAACUGAUCAAGAUUACCAAUGACCAGUGGAAAAUUAUAGAGGAUCUUAUGAGUGUUCUUGAGCCAUUUCGAGAUACCGCCAUGACACUCAAUGAGGAAAGAAUACCGCAGGUGUCGUUAUUGAAGCCAUUACUUGGGCAACUUGUGUCCUCGCAUCUCACAGUGCAAGAAUCCGACAGCGAGACUGCCAAGUCUUUCAAGGAAUCUCUGUCGGAUAUGUUACGCGAGCGAUAUGCGGACGGCAACGUUACGCUACUUCUACAAAUGGCAACUACUUUGGAUCCCAGAUUUAAAUCAAUUCCAUAUGUCACCGAGGAAGAAGAAAGCAUAGUUAGUGUUCCACUAAAGAAAAUGCUUACGAAAAUAAUUCAGGAGCAAUCUGGGAUUACAAUAAAUGUAAUACCACCAGAAAAGGAGAUGUCACCAAACACAAAAAGAAUUAAGCUUUUAAUUGACAACAGCGAGUGCAAUGCAACGAGGGAGGUAUCCGCAGAAAUGAAAGCGAGUUCCGAGUUUCUGCUGUAUAAAUUGGAAGCCAUAUCUCUUGAUAGUUCCCCGUUGCAAUGGUGGCUUCGAAUGUCCGCGAAGUGCCCGAACUUGACGAAGUUGGCGAACAAAUAUUCCUGCGUGCCCGCGUGUUGCGCACCGCCAACACGAAUUCCGCAAAUGCAAUACUAUACGAGGCGAGCGGCAUUACCUCAUCAUUUGAUUGACAAAUUACUCUUCUUGCACGGCAAUUAUACAGUGUGAGGUGCCGAAGAUAUUCAUGUAUAUAAGUGUAAAAUAUUUGUUAAAAUAAAUUUAUAUAUAUAUUACAUAGUACUGAAAUCUCCUUUUUUUUAUGUCCUUUAUAAGUUGAUUUUAAUAGUGAUACGAUUGUAAUGGAUUAAAAUAAGCUGUAUAAAUAUUUGUAUUCUGCUAAAAUAUAUUUUCUAAUAAAUAUU